GAUAAACCAAGGCUGGGAAUUAACGUGUGUGAGCACUGCGAGACUGCAGCAGUGUGUGAGGACAUGGAGGGCCCUUUGCUCAGUUUGCCCCUGCAGCAUUCAAUACCAUUCCCGAUGGAUCGUCCAUAUGCAAAGUUUUCAGACUGGAAAUUUAAGUUGUUUCGGGUAAAAUCCUUAGAGAGAAGUUCAUCAGAAGAAGAUUCAAGUCAAGCAUCAUUUACCAGCUCUCAGGAAAUGUCUCCUGAUACGCAACUUAACUCAGAGGACCUGAAUGUGGAGGCUGAACCACUGUCAAUUGUUGAUUACAAAUGGAAAGAGGCAAGUGUGAAUGAGAAGGAGGCAGAAUCAAAAAGAUUGGAAGAAGAAGCCCACGCAACUUUUUUGCAACAGCUCUGCCGCAUCUGUGGAGUCUCCUUUAAAAUGGAUCAACAGAAUAGAAGUUAUCCUGUCCACGGUCCAGUGGACACUGAAACCCAGGAAGUUCUCAAACGGAGAGAAAAGAAAGCCACCUCCUGGCCAGAUCUCAUCUGCAAAGUGUUCAAAAUUGAAGUACGAGCUGAUCUAGACACAAUUCAUCCAACAAAUUUUUGUCAUAACUGCUGGAUUAUUAUGAACCAGAAAUUCAGUCAUAAUUCUAGUGAAGUUUAUUUUCCUCGCAACAAAGUCGUUGAAUGGGUGCCUCACUCUGAGACAUGCAAUGUCUGCAAGUCUGCCAAGACAUGGGGAAAAAGGAAAGGAGGACCUCUUACAAAUCACCAACAUGUCAAAAAAAUUAGGAAAGGAACGGAGUUUGUGAAAAAGAACAAAAACCCAAAUGGAUCUUCUCACUGGAAGAACAACAAAGCUCUCAUUCAGAUAAGAGCUAAUUGCAAGAAAAUACACCUUGACACCAACAUUUUGGUGGUGGACUAUCCUUCUGACUUCAUUAAGUCAAUUUCAUGUCAACUGUGUGAACAUAUUCUCUCUGAUCCUGUGCAAACUUCAUGCAAACACUUGUUCUGUAGAAUGUGUAUUCUCAAAUACAUUAAGAUAAUGGGAUGCUACUGUCCUUCUUGCAAAUACACAUGCUUCCCUACUGACCUUACAACCCCUGUGAAAUCAUAUCUCAACAUUCUAAAUUCCUUAGUAAUAAAAUGCACAGUUGCCGGGUGUGAAGAAGAAAUUCUCUUAGGAAAAUAUACUCAUCACAUCUCCAAACACAAAGAUAUCAAAGGAAAAGAGGCCUAUGCUCAUGUUAACAAGGGUGGUCGACCCAGACAGCACUUGCUCACGCUGACAAGGAGAGCACAGAAACAUCGUCUACGGGAGCUGAAGAUGCAAGUAAAAGCUUUCGCUGACAAAGAAGAAGGAGGUGAUGUUAAAUCUGUGUGUCUAACACUUUUUCUCUUGGCCUUGAGGGCCAAGAAUGAGCACAGGCAAGCAGAUGAGUUGGAAGCAAUCAUGGAAGGAAGAGGGGUAGGUCUCCACCCAGCUGUUUGUCUUGCAAUCAGAGUUAAUACCUUCCUCAGCUGCAGUCAGUACCACAAAAUGUACAGGACUGUCAAAGCCACAACUGGUCGGCAGAUCUUUCAACCGCUGCAUUCACUGAGGACUGCGGAGAAGGCCUUACUCCCAGGCUAUCAUCCUUUUGAAUGGAAGCCACCACUUAAAAAUGUAUCCACCAGUACAGAUGUUGGGAUAAUCGAUGGACUUUCUGGGCUUAAUAGAUCGGUGGAUGAAUACCCAGUGGAAGCAAUUUCUAAAAGGUUUAGAUAUGAUGCAGCUCUGGUGUCCACUUUAAAAGACAUGGAGGAGGAUAUUUUGGAAGGUUUAAAAUCAGAAGAUCUGGAUGACUAUCUGUCAGGUCCUUUCACAGUGGUGAUUAAAGAGUCAUGUGAUGGCAUGGGUGAUGUUAGUGAGAAACAUGGGUGUGGACCAGCAGUACCUGAAAAGGCAGUUCGAUUCUCAUUCACAAUCAUGACAAUCAGCGUUACCAGUGACAAUGGUCCUAUUCGAAUUUUUGAGGAAGCUAAACCAAACUCUGAACUUUGCUGCAAACCACUUUGCUUAAUGCUCGCUGAUGAAUCAGACCACGAGACUCUAACCGCUAUCUUGAGUCCAAUUGUAGCAGAAAGGGAAGCCAUGAAAACCAGUGAUCUACUGUUAGAGAUAGGAGGAAUCCUACGAAAUUUUAAAUUUGUAUUCCGUGGCACUGGCUAUGAUGAAAAGUUGGUGAGAGAAGUGGAAGGAUUGGAGGCGUCAGGCUCACAUUUUAUCUGUACAUUAUGUGAUUCUACUCGCUUAGAAGCAUCCCAGAAUAUUGUUUUCCAUUCCAUUACAAGAAGCCAUACUGAGAACCUACAGCGUUAUGAGACAUGGAGAGCCAACCCGUACCAUGAAUCAGUUGAUGAAUUGAGAGACAGGGUGAAAGGUGUCUCUGCAAAACCCUUUAUUGAAACCCUGCCAUCCAUAGAUGCAUUGCACUGCGACAUUGGAAAUGCAGCUGAGUUUUAUAGAAUAUUUCAGCUGGAAAUUGGAGAAGUCUACAAAAACCCCAAUGCCACCAAAGAAGAAAAAAAGAGAUGGCAAACGACUCUGGACAAACACCUUAGAAAGAAAAUGAAUCUUAAGCCCAUCAUGAGAAUGAACGGGAACUUUGCCAGAAAACUUAUGAGCAAAGAGACUGUAGAUGCUGUUUGUGAGUUAGUCCGUGACGAGGAGAGAAAAGAUGCACUCAGAGAGCUCAUGGACUUAUAUCUUAAAAUGAAACCAGUGUGGCGAUCUUCAUGUCCAGCCAAAGAAUGCCCAGAACUUCUUUGUCAAUACAGCUUCCACUCACAGUGCUUUGCAGAACUUCUAUCUACCAAGUUUAAAUACAGAUAUGAGGGCAAGAUUACAAAUUACUUUCACAAAACUCUAGCCCAUGUUCCAGAGAUCAUUGAACGAGAUGGCUCCAUUGGUGCUUGGGCCAGUGAAGGCAAUGAAUCAGGGAACAAACUGUUUAGACGUUUCCGGAAGAUGAAUGCUAGGCAGUCCAAGUUUUAUGAGAUGGAAGAUGUAUUGAAACACCAUUGGCUAUAUACAUCUAAAUACCUUCAAAAAUUUAUGAAUGCUCAUCAAGCACUGAAACACCAAGGUUUUACUUUAGAUCUAGAACCAACUCCAGAGGUAGAAAAGAACAUAGAAUGUUCUAUAGAAUCUUUAGAAUCAAUGGAGCUAUGAGCUAAACUGGUAGAAAAUGUUUAUCUGGUUUCUUUAUCAUUCCUGUUUUGGGUAUGCUCUCUCAAUGUGAGUCUAGUUACUCAGAGAUGGCCAGUGUUAAAUCAAAGGCACAACUCAGAGAGAUAGCGGUGUGAAUUCCACUUAUCUUAAGUCAGAAGAGUUCUGGGUACCAUGUUGGUAUGUUUAAAUGUUACCGUACAUGAGAAGAGUUUAACAGAGAUAUACUAUUAUAGAAUUUACAGUGGUUGAGAGAAUUAAGGUGUAAUAGUUGAGCGUCUAAAAAAAAUAAAUAAGGUGUUUUAUGGUUUGACCAAAGUUACAAAUUCUGUAAUUUUGGCAAUGAGAACUUUUACUUUUUUAAAUAAUUUAACCGAGUAUUUUAUUCAAUCUACUUUAGAAUGGAAAGGCUUACAUUAAGGAGACUGUUACAUUUAAAGAACAGUGUAUAACAGCUUUGUUUU